AUGAGUCAAACUGUGAGACUAAUACGGGAAUGUCCUAGCAUAGAGAAUACCAUCCCUUAUGCCGUUUAUCAAUCGUCAUCUCCCAAACUAAAUUUCCUUGAAGAAGAUAAGUUAGUGAUCUAUAGUGGUGGAAGCAACUAUAUGUUAUCAGCAGAAACAAAUAUUCCUGAUUUAGAUGCUUCAUCAGUGUCGCUAUUCAUAUUGAAUAGUAGUGUGGUGAUUUGGUUUAAUAAUAAUAAUAUUGGUCUCGAUAUAACAUAUCCAAGUAUAAUAUUCCAUGGGCUCAACAAUGGUUCAAUAUAUAUCAACAUUGAAGAUAAUAAUCUUAUAGGAAAUUAUAUCACCAUCACGUCGAACACAGCUUCCAACAAUUGGUCCAAUCCCUUGUUUAAUAAUCUAAGUGGCAGUUUGAAAGAUGUCUACAAUGCAAUUUCAUACGUGGCUGAUAUGUAUGUCAAUGACGAUGAUGACGACGAAGAGGGUGAUAAUUAUAUGGGACAAAAUUACACAGAUCUUCCGAGAUUGGAUGUAUCUCAAGCACUUCCUUAUAAUCCAGAUGAAUUGACACCAAAAGUCAUAAAUAACACCGGUCAGGCAGAUGAUUUAGAUGAUGAUAAUAUGGAUGAUCUUGGAGAUGACAGAAGCAGUGAUGCAAAUACAGGAGACAAUAAAUAUGGUGCUGGAAUGCAUGUGGAUGUUGGAUAUGCGUCUAUAGCUGGAACCAAAACUCGACGUGAAUCAGAUACUAAUCUUGAUGACCAAGAAACUUCAAUCCACCAAGUCAAGAGAAACAAACUUGGAUGA